UAAUCUUUGUUUUCGUUAAAAAAGUAGAAAAAAAAAGAAAAAGAUAACCUCCAAAUACGAUCACAUCACUAUUAUUGAAUAACAGGGUAGCCAACAUGUGAAAAUCCAGAAUUGCGUAUAGAAUUCCUAAACCAAUCCAUUAAAAAUCCAUGAUAUAAUAAUACGAUGUAUAUCUAGUCCCGGCAGAUAGUUUCUAUUCUAUAAACAGACAGAACUACGGAGGGUGUUAGAAAAAUUUUUAUUUUGUCAUCCUUGUCAUCGAAGCACCGGGAGGACUGUCAAACAAUACUUGAAUUAAAUUGUUGUCAUUAAGGGGUAAAUUAAUAGAGCGACAUGGGAAACGGGAAGAAGGGCGAACAAGAACCGUUAUUAAAAAAGGAAAAGGAAAUUUACGAUUCUCCCCUUAGCAGUCUCGUUGACGAAGUGGAAUCAACUGUCAGUACAGUAUCUGCAAUAGGUCCUGAUGAAGUGCCACCUCCAUACGAAUCAGGUAGUCAGUGUGGCAUGCAUAUGGUUACAUGCAGGGUUUGUCAGGCUAUGAUAGAUAUUUCUGGUAAAAGAGAUCAACAUGUUGUCAAAUGCUGUCAGUGUAAUGAAGCUACACCCAUACGAAAUGCACCACCUGGAAAAAAAUAUGUACGUUGCCCAUGUAAUUGUUUGUUAAUAUGUAAGAGUUCUUCACAACGCAUUGCUUGUCCAAGGCCAAACUGUAAACGUAUUAUUAAUCUUGCUCCAAGUCCAAUCACACCACCUGUUUUAUCUAUGCCUGGAAUGUGUAGGUUCAAUACCUUAAAUAAUGCUUUGGCUCGAUGUCCACAUUGCCGAAAAAUAUCCUCUGUUGGGCCAGAUUUUGCUAGAGGUCGAGGUAUAGCAUUCUCUAUUGUUGGAUUAAUAGCCUUAGUAAUUGCGAUAGCAGUGACUGUGCAUUCCUCUUGGCACUUUUGGGCUUUGGACGCAGCAUUUAUUAUUGUACAAUGAAAAUUAGUAUGAUAGAAGGUCCUAUGUAAUACUCUAAACGACAAUCAAUUGCUAACAUUUUAAAACCAAUUCCUCUAACAUCUAUGUCGUAUAAUAAUAUAUUUAGAUCAAAUGUUUAUAGUGAUAAAAUGACAUAUAAGUCCACUUAGGAGGAUAUUUGGUAGAUAUAUACAUUCUUACAUAUGCAUAUGUAAAUUUAUUUGCUAGUAAUAUGCAAUAUUGUUACAUAUUCAUAUGCAGAUGUACAUGUUAUGGACAAAGAGGAUGUGUAACUAUAAUAUAUGACACUUUCUCACAUAAGUUAAUAUAUUGAGAGGUAUUAGAGGAAGAUGGGGUUCUAUUUCAAAAACAAAGGAUUGUUCCUCUGCACUUUUAUAUGUACAAGCACAGGACCAAGACAGCAACCCCAUUAUAUUGUUUUCAUAUUUGAAUGAAAAUAUACUAUAUAUGCUUUCUACAUCUACAGUAAAUAUACAAAAUGCACAUAGAUAUAUAUGCAAAUAAAGCAUUCUUGCAUGAAUAUUAUUCCAAUUGUAAACAGCUAUACAUACAGCUAUAUAUAUAUUGUAUUUGCAAUUACGAAUUUGCAUUAUCGAAUGACAAAAAAAUAAAAAUAUCUUUUUAAGGAAAAAAUAUAAAUUUAACAGAUGUUUUGGGAUUUAUAUAUAAAUUGACAUGCAAGAAAAAUUAUACAAAAUAUGUUAACUUCAUUUUAUUAUCAUUUUUCUAAUCAAAUUAUUGAAUCAUUUCCUUACAUUGCUUGCGAUAUUAUUUUUUAAGAAUGUAAUUCUAUUUGAGUUUUGGCUAUCAAAUAGUUAUGAACAUUUAAAUUAUUUCGAGCAUAAUGUACCAGAUAAAAGAAAAUUAAAUUAAAAAUUUAAUCUUAUGAAUAAUUUAACA